UUCUCGUUCCAACGGACGCUUAGCUCGACUUCAUGAAGCGAAGCUUGUUCCACGGCGCGCUUCUCCGCGCCUGUGGCGGCGCCACUGUCGUCUCUGCAAAAAUCUAUUGUAGCGGUGGAUCCCGGAGAUUCACAUCCGUAUGGUGUUUUGGAGAUAACAGCAACGGAGCCCUGGGAAUCGCCUCGCCGCUCCUUGACGCCUACGAGCCCACGAAGGUUACAUCGCUUCCCCCCACCGUCACGACUGUCGCCGCAGGUCACUACCACUCCCUCGCUGUAAACGCCGACGGUGAAGUCUGGGCUUGGGGUAGAAACGAAGAGGGCCAGCUUGGCCGUGGCCCCGCUAGUCCGAGAGAUAAAUGGAGCAAGCCAGAAAGGGUCUUGGGACUGGAUAAUGUGAGGGUUCAAGCGGCAUUUGCUUCUGGCGUGGUUUGUGCUGCCGUUGGGGAUGAUGGAUCCUUGUGGGUUUGGGGUAGAUCAAAAAGAGGCCAGCUUGGUCUUGGUAAAGGAGUCACUGAAGCCGUCAAUCCCACCAAAGUUGAGGCACUUUUAGGGCAUGUGAUAAGUAAGGUAUCUUUUGGAUGGGGGCAUGUAUUAGCUUGUACAAGAGAUGGGAAACUGUUUGGGUGGGGCUAUGCAGAGAAUGGGAGGUUAGGGAAGAUGGGGAGGACAUUGAUUAGCUCGAGUUCUCAAGAUCCUAAUUCUUAUAAUUCGUCGGACAAGUCUCUCUCUGUCUUCGAAGUGGCUGAGAAACUUGUCGCUGAAAAGAUGGAGAAAGAGAAAAAUAUGACAAUAAUUUGGGAGCCUAGUCUUGUUCAAGAACUAAGUUCCUUUGAAGUUUCUGAUGUAGCAUGUGGACUUGACCAUUCGCUGGUUCUCUGCUAUGAUGGCACUGUAUAUAGUUCUGGAGACAACACAUUCGGGCAGUUAGGAAGAGAAACAGAAUCAUCAAAAUUGCUUCCUGUCCAGAUCAACUUCCAUCCUAUUUCUCUUUCAGCUGGGCUUGGCCACUCUCUUCUGCUGUACCACCUACCUUCCAAUGGAGCUGCUCAUGAAGCCACAGGGAUUCUUUCAUGGGGAUGGAACGGAAGCUCGCAGCUUGGCCGCCAUGGACAGGAAAAGGUUCCUUCUCCUGUUGAAGGACUUGAGGGACGAAGAGUGGUUUCAGUUUCAGCAGGGCGAGUUCAUUCAAUAAGUCUGACAUCAAAGGGAGAAGUUUUGACGUGGGGUUCAGGAAGAAAUGGUAGGCUGGGAUUGGGGAGCUCUGCGGAUGAAGCUGAGCCCACUUUUGUUGAGUGCUUGGAAGGUGUUGAAGUCCUGCAGGCUGUAGCUGGCCUUGACCAUAAUUUGCUUCUUGUUGCUGAGUAGCCUUGAAGCCAGCAGAAUUGCUUUGAGCGAGAGUUAUUUUUCUCCUGCAAACAACUCAUUCUCUACUCAAAAGAAGAAAAGGCCGUUAAGGUAAGUUU